AAUAAUUCAACACAUUCAGUAAGCUUAGUCAUUGCGAAAUACAAUGAGAAAUGUCAACCCGUGAAUUUUAACUUUAAUGACAACAGUCGAAACUAUUGUAACUAAUUAUUAAUUCAAAAAUUUCCAAAUUUGCUUAAUUAACUGCAUAAAAUGGUGAACCCAGACCUUCUCUAUUUAGUAGAAGAAACUGCACAAAUUUACAACGAAGUGGCGUUACCACUAAUUCACGAAAUGACUUCAAAUCUAGACGACCAGCCAAAAUAUAAAUGGAUGUUUGAAGCAGUCAAGCGUCAAGUACCGUUGGACAUGAUCAUUUAUGACGAUUCCUGCCCCACAAAUGGCUUCAUCCUCUUACCAGAUAGAGCUUGGGAUGGGACGGAUAAAAAUAUAUAUUUAUUAGCUAUCGUAAAUCAGAAGGGGAUUAAAUCUCUGAGAGACUUGAAUCAAACACAUUUACCACUUUUAGAAAACAUACUUUGGUCUGGAUCUGAAAUUAUGGAGGAAAAGUAUGGCCUAAAAAGAUCCCAACUUCGCAUUUAUUUCCACUACCAUCCUACCUAUUACCAUUUGCAUGUGCAUUUUAACCCUCUCAAUUACGACGCACCAGGAAUCAUGAUGGAAAAGGGACACCUUCUUCAAGAAGUGAUUUCUAACAUAAAAAGCAAAUCCAGUUAUUAUCAAGAAGCUACAAUAUUCUUCAGAGUACGGAGAAAGCACGAAUUGUACAGAAAACUGGUAGAUUUUGGGUACAAAUUCUAAUUUUCAUAAAAUUUUAAAAUUUUUCAUUAAUCGCAUUGAUUGAUAUUUUUACUACAAAGUUUUAUAAAAUCAUGUAUGUAGGCAGACUGUUAUACGAGCAUGCAAUUUGUGUCUACUAAACGUAAAAGUUUUAUGCAUUCAAUAAAUAUAAUUCUUUAUUUACAACCUUACAACAA